AUGGAUAUUGAAACGGAAAAAGUAAUAGAAUUAGUUUUUCCUGAUGGAAUACCCGAUUCUUGGAAAGAUAAUCCGGAUUUCUAUCAAUAUCUAACGAAACUCGGUGGCCUUGAUGUCGACCAAUUGAUGAAGGAACCAGACCAUCUGACGGAUGAAAAAAAUUUAGCAUUGCAGAACACUCAAGAACUUGCGUAUUCAAACUACAAAACAUUUAUUCAGACAGCUGAAAAUUGUCACGAAAUAUUCCGUGAAUUUAAUUCCAGCGAAAACCACUUGGAGAAUUUAUUAGAAAAAAUUCCCGUGUUUGUCGAUAAAUGUCAAUCAUUUUGCGACAAGUCUAAGGAAAUAAACAGUCAUAGGCGCUUAAAUGAUUUGACUCUAAAAAAAAGUUCUGUAAUACUGGAGAUCUUGGAGAUGCCCCAGCUUAUGGAGACGUGUUUGCGGAGCAGUCAGUACAACGAAGCUCUGGAGUUGUCGCAGUAUGCUCGGCAGCUAGGGUCCAAGCACAGUGAAAUCCCAAUUGUGGCCUCGGUGGUAAAAGACAUAGAAAACAGCUGGUCGGGGAUGGUUGGCCAGGUUGUGGGGUCUCUUCGCGGAGACUUACCUCUGGCGAAAUGUCUGCAGUUAGUCGGCUUACUGAGGUCGAUGGACGCUUUUACGGAAGCCGAGCUGAGAAUAAAAUUUCUUCAGGCUCGUGAUAGCUGGUUCCAAGGAUUACUCAAUGCGAUUCCCAAAGAAGACUCCAAUUUUCAUCUGACGAAAACUAUCGAGCUGUCACGAAUUCAUUUGUUUAACAUAAUUACUCAGUACAGAGCGAUGUUUAAUGAUGACGACCAUUCAAUUGUGGGUCGUGAUAAUGUUAUCAAUGAAUCUGCUAUUUUUUGUCACUGGUUGGAAGAAAAAUUGUCACAAUUUUUGGCAACAUUGGAGCAUGAUCUGCCUAAUGUUACUUCUAUUGAUUCAAUCUUGGGACAAUGUACGUACUUUGGAUUGUCAUUUGGAAGAGUUGGCGCUGAUUUCACCACUAGGAUGUCUACGAUAUUCAUCCAAGUGAUCAGUAAUAAAUUCUUGAAGAAUAUUCACAGCGCUAUAAAGAAAUUUGAAAAAGAUAUGGAGACUUUUACCUUAAUUAAUAAAUUACAUCGUGCUGAUGUUAAACUUGAUACGGAAAUUAAAUCUGAAAACCCUCCAGACCAACUGGUUAAUUUUUACCCACUAGCUGAGUACUGCAAUGGUUUAAUCUCGACUUUCAAUGAACUAAGAUUAUGUUCUCCAGUAGCUCUGUCAGAAUUCUGCACGUCUACGCUUGAAGAAUCGCUAAUGAGUGUCGCCAAGGGGAUUCUAGUGUUCUACAAACAAGAGCAGCAAGCUUUUACCGCUACUGAAAGAGAUAAUAUGGUUAAAUUUGUGGAAUGUUUCAGCGAUCAGCUGAUUCCUUAUGUUCAGUUUUGUAUACACGCUAUUUUUCCUCAAGUUCAAGUUGCUGCUCAUCUUGGAAUUACAGUCAACCAACUCCAAAAAGAGGGAAUUACGUAUUUAAAUCGAAAGAAAAUCGUAGAACCUUUGAUUUCUUUUUUACCUAUAAAAAGUAUGGUUCAGGAUCCAUUGAUCUCGAUAACUUUACCAGAAUCUUUGAGCCAGCCUAGUACUCAGAGAAGAGUAACUUUGACGGUAGAAAAAACUCCAGAAUUAGAACCAGUAAUAAAUAUUGCUGAACCUCAGACUAAAGAAUCUAAAGUUGAAGUUGAAUCAAAUGAAAAGCUAGACGAUAAACAAAUUAAAACUAAUGAUAAUGAGGAAUAA